UAUAUGGGGGAAAGCUGUUCAGAGCUGUGACGCAGAAGGUCUUAUUCCCAAAUUACAAAGCAGACAUAUUGAAUCCUUUGACUAAAGUUAAAUUUAGAAAUCUUGUGCCUUCUAGAUGAUAUCCAGCUUAGUAUACAUGACAUUUAUUUUAAAAUGUGUGUGAUAUUCUCUUCUAGAAUGGGUAAAAGUUCAAAAUGGCUCUGUAGAAAAAUCAAUAUAUAUAUUUGACGGAGUUUCUGAAUCAGUGAUCGUUGUUAAAUAAUUUUUAGAUUGUUGUAUAUAUAUCAAAAUUUCAAUAGUGUGAAUAAAAACACCAAAAAUGACGUCAGUGAAAGUUGCUGUAAGGGUGCGCCCUUUUAAUAAUAGAGAAAUUCAUAAAGGAUGCAAAUGUAUCAUAUCUAUGACUGGAAACACUACAACUAUUGUAAAUCCUAAAAGUCCUCCAAAUACAAAGGAAGCUAUAAAAAGUUUCAACUAUGACUACUCUUACUUAUCUAUUGAUCCAACGGAUGCAGCAUUUGCAUCUCAAGAAACAGUUUAUAAAGACAUUGGAGAAGAAAUGUUGCAUCAUGCUUUUGAUGGAUACAAUGUAUGCAUUUUUGCAUAUGGUCAAACUGGAGCUGGCAAAAGUUACACUAUGAUGGGUAAACAAGAAGAAGGCCAAGAAGGAAUAAUUCCUCAUAUAUGCAAAGAUCUUUUUCGAAAAAUUAAAAAUGCUCAAGAUGAUGAUACACUUUAUUCAGUUGAGGUAAGCUAUAUGGAGAUAUAUUGUGAAAGAGUUCGUGAUCUUUUGAACCCAAAAAAUAAAAAUAACCUCAGAGUCCGAGAACAUCCUUUAUUGGGCCCAUAUGUUGAAGAUCUUUCUAAACUUGCUGUUACUUCAUAUCAAGAUAUCCAUGAUUUAAUGGAUGAAGGAAACAAAGCUAGAACUGUGGCUGCUACCAACAUGAAUGAAACAAGUAGUCGUUCUCAUGCUGUUUUUACCAUUAUUUUUACUCAGAAGAAACAUGACAAAACUAGUGGUCUCACUGCUGAAAAGCAAAGCAAAAUUAGUUUGGUAGAUUUAGCUGGUAGUGAGAGAGCUGAUUCAACAGGAGCCCAAGGAACUCGCCUCAAAGAAGGUGCAAACAUUAACAAGUCACUGACCACUCUAGGAAAAGUUAUUUCUGCUCUAGCUGAAAUUGCAACAAAAAAGAAAAAGAAGGCUGAUUUUAUACCAUAUCGAGAUUCAGCUCUAACAUGGCUAUUAAGAGAAAAUCUAGGUGGAAAUUCUAAAACAGCUAUGAUUGCUGCUAUCAGUCCUGCUGAUAUAAAUUAUGAUGAAACCCUAAGCACAUUAAGGUAUGCUGAUAGAGCUAAACAGAUUGUUUGCAAAGCUGUUGUUAAUGAAGAUGCGAAUGCUAAACUUAUACGCGAACUUAAAGAUGAAAUUGAAAGACUUAAAGCAAUGCUACGUGCUGGUGGCAUUGAUGCAGAUGCUGUCGAUGGAUUUGAUAAUUCUGGUAAAGCCUAUGAAAACAACAAGAAUGCCAUUAAUAAGAAAAAACAGAGGACUGUUUCUCAGAAUGGUGAAGAUGUCAUUGAACAGCUACAAGAAUCAGAAAAACUCAUUGCUGAGUUAAAUGAAACAUGGGAGGAAAAACUUAAAAAAACUGAGGCAAUACGUUUACAAAGGGAAGCUGUAUUUGCUGAGAUGGGUGUGGCCCUACGAGAAGAUGGUGACACUGUGGGAGUAUUUUCUCCCAAAAAGACUCCUCAUUUGGUUAAUCUGAAUGAAGAUCCAUUGAUGUCAGAAUGCUUAAUUUAUUACAUUAAAGAUGGCAUAACAAGAGUUGGACGUCCCGAUGCAAAUGUACCUCAAGAUAUCAAGCUCACUGGUUCACAUAUACUCAAUGAGCAUUGUAUGUUUGAGAAUUUUGGAGGAACUGUCACACUGAAAACUUGUCCCAAUGCUAUGUGCUAUGUAAAUGGAAGAGAAGUGGUGGAUGAAGUUGUAUUACAAACAGGUUCCAGAGUUAUAUUAGGAAAAUACCAUGUAUUCAGAUUUCAGAAUCCUGAACAAGCUCGUGAAUGUAGGAAAUCUUUCAUUGAAACAUCAAAUAAUAGUAUUUUACCUAAGGAUACUUCUAUUUUGAACUAUACAGGCACCGAGCCCGUGGAUUGGACGUUUGCACAAUUAGAGUUAUUAGAAAAACAAGGUAUAGAUCUAAAAACAGAAAUGGAGAAAAAGUUAAUAGCGCUUGAAGAACAACAUAAAAAAGAAAAAGAAGAAGCUGUUCAAAUAUUUCAACAAGAGAAAAAGAAUUAUGAGGCGAAAAUUGAAAGCCUACAGAGGCAAGUUGAAGAGCAAUCAAUGAUGUCUAGCAUGUACAGUUCAUGUUGCAUUAAUGAACUGGAAACUAAUACAGAUGAGGACAAUGAUUUCAUUGAACCUGUUUGGAAUGAACAUCAAUAUCAGCUUGCAGAAUGGGCAUUUCAGAAGUGGAAAUAUCAUCAGUUUACUUCUUUGCGAGAUGAUUUGUGGGGAAAUGCCAUCUUUCUGAAAGAAGCUAAUGCUAUCAGCGUUGAAUUAAAGAAGAAGGUGCAGUUCCAGUUUGUUCUUCUAACAGACACUCUGUACUCACCAUUGCUACCAGAUAUGCUGAAUUAUGAUGAUAUUGAAGAAAGUAUGGAAAGACCAUAUCCUCGCACAAUUGUUGCAGUUGAAGUUCAAGACACAAAAAAUGGUGCCACUCAUUAUUGGACUUUAAGUAAACUUAGACGUCGGCUGGAACUUAUGCGCAGCACUUAUAAUGAAGAUACUUCCCCUGAAUCCCCUGAGAGUCAUGAUGAUUUUCUACAAUGCAUCUCAGCGUGUGCUAAGCAGCGCCUUUCGGCCGGCCUCACCAUUAACAGCUUAAUUCCUUCCAGAAACAGACAACGUUUAGAAUUAAUGCGUGAAAUGUAUCACAACGAAGCAGAACUCUCUCCUACUUCUCCCGAGUAUAAUGUUGAAAGCAUAACAGGUGGAGAUCCAUUUUAUGAUCGCUUUCCAUGGUUUAGGCUUAUAGGAAGGGCCUUUGUUUACUUAAGCAAUCUGCUAUAUCCCGUACCAUUAAUACAAAAAGUUGCUAUAGUUAAUGAAAAAGGUGAUGUCAAAGGUUACCUGAGAGUUGCUGUGCAAGCUGUUUUAGAUGAAGAGGAAGCAUCUGAAGUGAGUCAGAGAGGUGUGAGACAGUCAGCUCGUAUCAGCUUUAGUGAUGAAUUGUUCCAAAAGCAGAAAAAAGCAUCCAAAAGUGAAAAGGAGAAUUGUGUGACAGAUAAAGAUUUUAAUUCAUCUCAGGAACGAAUUGUUGAGGGCCAAGGACCAACACCAGAAGAUUCUGAAACUGAUAUGUAUAAUAAUGAAGAUUACAAUAAACAUUCCGAUGAAAAGUGCAAUGCUCUUUCUGAAAAUGGUGAUAAAGAAUGUGAUCAUCCAGCUCAUCUUCAUUUAGGGAAGGAUUUCACUUUCAGAGUUACAGUGUUACAAGCUAUUAAUAUUUCAAAAGAAUAUGCUGAUAUCUUUUGUCAAUUUAAUUUCUUGCAUCGUCAUGAUGAAGCAUUUUCUACUGAACCUUUGAAAAAUACUGGGAAGAGUCAUUCCCCUGGAUUCUUCCAUGUUCAAAAUAUUACUGUGAAAGUGACAAAAUCAUUCUUGGAAUACAUAAAAGCACAGCCAAUAGUUUUUGAAGUUUUUGGUCAUUAUCAGCAACAUCCUCUACAUAGAGAUUCUAAAGACUUUGUUGCACAACAGAAUAAUCGACAACCUCCUAGACGAAUGUUUCCUCAGUCAAUACCAAUUUCUCAACCCAUUCGAUCACCUAAAUUUGGAGUCUUACAGUCUUUAAGUACUACUCAUGUUCAUGCAAGACAUGACUUAUUAGUGUGGUUUGAAAUCUGUGAGCUUGAACCGAAUGGAGAAUAUGUGCCUGCAUUUGUUGAUCAUAAUGAUGACAGCCCUUGCAGGGGAACAUUUUUAUUACAUCAAGGUAUUCAAAGACGUAUUCGUAUAACAUUAGUUCAUGAACCUAUGGUUGAUUUUCAAUGGAAGGAAGUUCGUGAAUUAGUUGUUGGUCGCAUUAGAACAACACCAGAAGGUGAUGAUGAUGAUUCAGAUUCAUCUGUACUUUCAUUAGGAAUAUUUCCCGGUGAUUACUAUGAAAAAUCUAAUGAUGACAGAGUAUUCUUCCGUUUUGAAGCUGCUUGGGACAGUUCUCUGCAUAAUUCAGUAUUAAUGAAUCGCUCUACUCCUAGUGGGGAAAGAAUAUAUAUGACACUGUCAGCAUACCUGGAGCUUGAAAACUGUGCCCAGCCAGCUAUUAUCACGAAAGAUUUAUGUCUUAUAAUUUGUGGUAGAGAUGCAAGAACAGUACCCAGAAUUUCUCCUAAUGCACGAUCACUACGCCAUUUGUUUUCUGGAUCUUACAAAAACUCUGAAGGGAAUCAUGUCACAGGUGUAUAUGAAGUACUUAUGAAGAGAGCAGCUGAUUCUGGAAGUCCAGGAGUGCAAAGACGUCAAAGAAGGGUUUUGGACACCUCAUCAACUUAUGUUAGAGGAGAAGAGAACUUACAUGGAUGGCGACCUCGAGGAGAUUCACUUAUCUUUGACCAUCAAUGGGAAUUAGAAAAAAUGACGCGUUUGGAAGAUGUUGAAAGAGUGCGACAUCUACUGCUACUACGUGAAAAACUUGGCUUUGACCAUUCUAUUGGUCAUGCUCCUGAUAUUAGUAAAAUGGAAAAGGAUGCUUGCAACUUAGUUGCAAAAGCCUCAAGUGAUGGCAACUUUCCUACAGCAGCUUUAGUUCUUUCUCCUACUUCACCUACAACUUCAAAUCGUCUAAUAAUUGAUGAAUCUGUAUAUGCUCCAUGGGAAAUGACUGAGGCAGAAAGAGAGCUAGCUACUAAAAUUGUUAAUCUUAUUAACAGUCAUAUCCCAUCUAAACCACCUCCUACACCAUACACAAAGGAUGAGCUUACAACUCCUACUGAUGAAGUUGAUGUGAUAUCCAGAUCUUCAAGUGUACAUUCCAGUAUGGCAUCUUCAUCUUCUCAGGAAUCUUUCCUUAGGACCUUACACAUGGAAAAAUAUAAUGGUUUGAAUGAAGAGGAUCGCAAUAAUCUGGUUCCUUCCAGAGCAUCCUCUGGACCACCUUCUCAUCGUAACUCUGGUCGUUUCCUCUAUGUAGCUGAAGUGGAAGAGAUAAGAGUUAGUCCUGUGGUGUCACGAAAGGGUUACCUUAAUUGCCUUGAUGACAAAACAAAAGGAUGGGUGAAGCAUUGGGUCGUUGUGCGUCGACCUUAUGUAUUCAUCUAUAAAAAUGAAAAAGACCCAGUAGAGCGUGGCAUGAUAAAUUUAGCUACAGCCCAAGUAGAGUACAGUGAAGAUCAAGAAGCUAUGCUAAAAGUACCAAAUACUUUCUCCGUUGUGACAAAACAUAGAGGAUUCCUUUUGCAAACUUUAGGUGAUAAAGAAGUCUAUGAAUGGUUGUAUGCAAUAAAUCCUCUGCUUGCUGGACAAAUAAGGUCAAAACUGUCUCGGAGACGUCCCAUCGCGGCAACUACAUAAUCCCUCAGAUUCCUCCAAUCGGGAAGAAGCUUUAGAUUGCAUUCCUGCAUAUAUUCAAAGCUUUAGCUAACUCAUUCGGUGCUUUAUGUGUAGUAUAUAGCAAAUCAGAAUUGUAAUAUUAUGUAAUUGUUUAAAAAUUGUUACCAAAAGGAAAAAAAAUGGUUCCUUUCCCUUUUAUCACCAUUAAAAGUGUCAUAUACUAGUUAACAAAAUCUAUUAAAACACUUUAAUGUGUAACCACCAGCUAUUUUGGUUAUGUACCCACUAUAUUUGAAUUGGACUUUAUUUUUGAUUCCAUGACCAGCUUUUGACCAAAUUUGCUGCUCAUAUAUUUAUGACCAUUUGUGAAGAACUUUUGUGAGCUGUUUAACUUUCUUAUAUAUGUUAACAUUAAUACUGUACAUUGUGGCUUCCAUUUCUAUGUUCUUUAGACAGCUAUCACAACUAACUUGACUUGCAAAAAAUAUUCUUUUAGGCAAAAGUGAUCUUUUUACACUAGGAACUUUUUGGGUAAAUAUAAAAAUAGCUAUAAAUAGUGGGUAAACAUGGAUCACAAUUUUUAUACUAGAGAAAUUUAUCUAAUGACUGUUUACAUAUGAAUAUGUAUAUAAUUUUAUUGACUAUGACUGGUAAUAAGCUUAUAUUUUAAUUUUGUUCUAAAAAUAUUUAAUAUUUUAUAAAUUUAUUUAAUUUAAAAAUAAAUUAUCUUAGUGGAAAAAUUGUGACAUAAAAUGUUUAAAAGAAUUUUAUAAAAUAUUUUAUUAGAUUAUUUUCUUAAUUACAAAUUUUUCUGUAAUUUUUAUGUUUUAAUCAUAAUUAUUUUUGAAGGUUUUUAGUUGUAUCAUACCUGAAUAACAUAAAUAAUAAUAAAUCAAGCUACUUUCUAAGUUCCAUUAUUAUUUAUGUUUAACAAUAGAAUCCUUCUUCCUACAGUUCAAUGUUGUAUUCUCAGAAGAUACUGUAUUAAAUGUUAAUAUGUAAUAUAUACACUCUUCAAAGGUAAAUGUAUAUAUCGUUUCGUUUGAAAUUAUUUAUGGAAAAUGUUAUUUAUUAUUUAAGUUAUACUUAAUGUAACCUUUCGUGCUUUACUUGUAUUGCCUUUUCAUCAAACAUUGAAGUGUUUGAAAGUGUAUAGGAGCAAUAGCAAAGAAAUUAUAACCUGUAAAUCAGUUAUAUGUCCAGGUGUUAUACUGUAAUAUAUUUGUUUAUUUAUUAAUCAUCAUUGUACUUAUGUCUGUGUCAUUUGUAUUCUAUUUAUUUUAGUAAUAGUAUAAUUCCAGUUGAAAGAGUGUAUUGGGAAAAGUAGAAAGCUUUAUGAAGGCACAAGUGCUCAUGCUAGCAUUAUGCUUCAUGCUUAUAUACAGAAUAAAACUUGUCACAGGUGAGCAAGUCUCACCCUUUUGGUGACAUAGUGUUUCUGAAAGUGGGCCCAACAAGAUGAUCUGAACUUUAAUAUGCAUAACAUGAUUUUUUUAUGUUAAGGGAAAAUAUCUCUAGCAGUCUUUUGAUGUGAAAUGUGAAGAUAUUUGUGUACUCCAAGGUUAUUUAACUGACCACUAACAUGGGAGUCAGUGUUUAAAAUGCACAAUAUUGGGCUGUUAAGGAAGACUUUCAUCUUAUGUGUACUAUAUUUUUAUGGCAUUAUUCUAGUCAUUCUAUAAUUUAAAAAAUGUGUGAUAUGAAAGAAUUUUACUGAUGUCAAAUGAACAUGAUGGCAGCAUGUUGCUUCACUAUUAGCAAAAAUAAUCCUCAUGUUGAAUAAAAAUCAAUAUUAAAUUUAUUAAAGCAUA